AUGCCAGGCAAGGAGAUUCCAGAACGCUGCAUGAACUGCCGUGAGGCGCAACCCGCCUUCAUUCUGCGCAGCCGUCAUGUCUGCCAGGACUGCUAUAUACGCUUUGUCAAGUAUAAGCCCUUCAAACGCACGGAGAACUAUCGCCUUAGGAGGAAUAUGCCCCAAGAUGGACCCUGCAAACUCUUACUUCCUCUCUCCUACGGCUUGUCAUCUACAGUCAUGCUGCACAUGCUGCAUGAGCAAGUCGAAACCAUGCGACUCAAGCCGCAUGGCCCCAAGGGCUAUGAGCUUCUCGUCUUAACCAUUGAUCCGUCAACCAUAAACCCUUCGAUUCCUCCGCACGAUGAAGCCUUCAGUCUGGCCGAGAAGCGAUUCCCUCACUGCUCCUUCACGACCGUUCCUUUCCACAGCAUUUUUGAUUACGAUCCCAGCAUUAGCGAAGUCAUGUCACUGUAUGCGCACGCGAAGUUCGAGGAUCAAACUUCAUUGUCGAAUCAGGAGCGCCUUGAAGCUUUUCGCUCGUCGAUCACAAGCGCAACCUCCAAAGCGGACGUCGAUAACAUCCUUAUCAAUCGACUUAUCGUCGCAUUCGCAAAGAAAAUGGAGUGCCGCGGCAUAGUAUGGGGAGAUUCGGACAGCAAAUUGGCUGCCAAGACUCUUGCGAAUGUUGCAAAGGGCCGCGGCUCCGCAGUGACCUGGCAGGUCUGCGACGGGAUAUCUCCAUCCGGACUCGAGUACAACUUUCCCCUUCGGGACCUGUUUACUGUUGAAUUGCGCAACUAUGCUAGCUUCAUCCCAGAACUUUCUGACCUCAUUAUUCCCCAUCAAGCGGUUUCGGAGAACACGCUCACGAAGAAUCUGUCAAUCGACGAGCUGAUGGUUCGUUACGUGCUCACGCAGGGUGAGAAGUACCCUGGUGUGAUGUUGAAUGUGACCAGAACAGCAAGCAAACUACAGUCUCCCAGCGCUUCCCCGGCCGAACAGCAAUGCAGCCUUUGCGGAGCUCUUAUGUUCAAGACGAAUGCGACAUCGCCACAGGCCACAGGCCAGCACUCAGACAGCUUAUCUUCCCAGAUAUGCUAUGCAUGUGCUCGAUCUCGACCUGAUCUAAGUUGCUAA